AUUGUUAUUUUUUUUGUAAUACUUUAGUUAAAUUAAUUUUUUUAAUAUGAGAAAUCUCUAGAAAAUAUCAGUUACAAUAUAUAAUGUACCAGCACAACCAUACAUAAAUGGCUACAGCCCCUGAUGGAUCUCCAAGAACAAAGUUCUACCAAUUACAUUGCAAAGUCAUUGGAUCUAACAUAAAGCAGAUAACUGGAGGCUGGUUUACGGGAAAAGGUGAUUAUUAUGCAGAAAUAAUUGUUGAUGGAGAGCCAGCACGGAAAACUGAAGUCAUGAAAAAAACAUUGCAUCCAAAAUGGAAUGAAAUAUUUACUGUACUUGUGACUCCAUAUAGUCAGAUAGAGUUUCGUGUAAUGAUGAAACAAUCAAUGCGAACAGACCAAGUUGUAGGCUCAACAAAAGUGGCUUUAUAUGAUGUUCUUAAACAGAACAAUGGAAAGUUGGAUAUGUUUGAAAGCAAAUGGCCGAUCAUUUACAAAGACAAAGGAAAAGAUAUAUCCAGUGGAGAUAUUGAUGUUUUGUUUGAUAACAUGCGGAUUAUUAUGGAUGAGUAUCCACUGCUGAAUAGCAAUGUUAGUGCAGCUUCUACACCAUCAUCAGUAUCUUUAUCAAGCUCAGGUCCAUCAGGAUCUGCCACUAAUAUUUCAAAUUCUAGAAUUGCUCCACAAUAUAGCUCUCCUAAUCUACCUGCAAAUUUAAACCAACAACCAACCCCUUCAAGGCCACCAAGGCCAGUAACAAAUAGCUUAUCAAAUGGACCAGUUCCACCACGUCCUCCUCCUCCAACCAAUCCAAGAGUCGGAUCAAAUGAUAAUGAGGAACCGUUGCCUCCUGGGUGGGAGCGACGAGUUGAUCAGUAUAAUAGAGUCUACUACGUCGAUCAUACUACACGAUCAACACUUUGGGAAAGACCAAAACCAUUACCUGCUGGAUGGGAAAUGAGAGUUGAUGGUCGCGGUAGGACGUACUAUGUUGACCAUAACACACGGACAACAACGUGGCAGCGGCCUACUGCAGAAACAGUAAAUGCAUAUAAUAUGUGGAGAACACAACAACAGUCGAAUCUAAAUCAAGAACAUUCAUUAUAUCAACAGCGUUAUCUUAACAUGAAUAUGGAAAAUCCACAACCUGAUGUUACAGAUCCUCUUGGUCCUUUACCACCUGGCUGGGAGAAACGAACAGAUCAAACUGGGCGUGUGUAUUUUGUAAACCAUAACAGCAGAAAAACACAAUGGGAAGAUCCUCGAGCAUCUGGAUCAGAAAUGUUAGAUCAGAAACCUUUACCUCCAAAUUGGGAAAUGAGGUAUACUCCAGAUGGUGUACCAUACUUUGUUGAUCACAACACAAGGACAACAUCUUUCAAUGAUCCGAGAACCGGCCUGCCUUUAGUUCAAGCAGCUGGUGCUAUAGCAUACGAAAGAAGUUUUCGUUUUAAGUUAAUGCAGUUCAGACACCUUUGCCAAGCUAACUCUUUACCGAGUCAUGUAAAAAUUGUUGUCUCACGAACAAAUGUUUUUGAAGAUUCUUUUCAGCAAAUUAUGAGAAUCCCACCACAUGAUUUACGAAGAAGAUUAUUUAUUAACUUUAAAGGAGAAGAAGGAUUGGAUUAUGGAGGUGUUGCUAGAGAGUGGUUUUUUAUGCUUUCUCGAGAAAUUAUGAAUCCAAUGUAUUGUUUAUUUGAAUACAGUGGAAAGGGAUCAUACACACUUCAGAUUAACCCAGCUUCCUAUGUAAAUCCAGAUCAUUUGGAAUAUUUUAGAUUUAUUGGUCGUGUCAUAGCAAUGGCACUUUAUCAUGGAAAGUUUAUUGACCGUGGAUUUAGUAUGCCAUUCUAUAAACGUAUGCUUGAUAAAAAGUUGACAAUAACAGAUAUGGAAACAAUAGAUAAUGAAUUCUAUCAAUCUCUUUUAUGGAUAAAGGAAAAUAGUAUAGACAAUUGUGGACUUGAUCUUACGUUUGCUACCGACAUGGAAGUACUUGGAAAACUAACAGAGCACGAACUUAAAGUAGGCGGAAAAGAAAUAGAAGUUACAGAUGCCAACAAAUCUGAAUAUAUAGAAUUAAUUACUGACUGGAGAUUUUCAAGAGGUGUGGUAGAUCAAACUAAAUCAUUUUUAAGUGGAUUUAAUGAAGUUCUUCCCAUGUAUUGGCUUCAAAGUUUUGAUGAAAGAGAAUUAGAGACUCUUUUAUGUGGUAUGCAAGAGUAUGAUCUUGAUGAUUGGCAACGGAACACUGUUUAUCGAACGUAUCAAAAAACAUCUAAACAGAUCUUGUGGUUCUGGCAGGCUGUAAAAUCAUUUGAUAAUGAAAAGAAAUCACGUUUAUUACAGUUUGUUACUGGAACUUGUCGACUACCAGUUGGUGGAUUUGCUGAGUUAAUAGGAAGUAACGGUCCACAAAAGUUUUGUAUAGAGAAGGUUGGUAAAGAAACAUGGCUUCCACGAAGUCAUACAUGCUUCAAUCGGUUGGAUCUUCCUCCAUACCGAAGUUAUGAACAGUUACUAGAAAAGCUUACAUUUGCAAUUGAAGAAACUGAAGGAUUUGGACAAGAAUAGUUUUACUUCACGGCAUCGAAAUAUUUUCAUUAUCGUAUUUAUUUCUCAAUUGGUUCAUAAUAAAUUUCAAGAAUGGUUAUUUA